CGCGGGUUGUGAGGACGGCGCACGCACUACGAAUCACUUGUCAGCGCUCCUCUGAGGUGGAGGCAACGCUGCAGGACCCGAGUUUCACUUUCUGGGAUUGGACUUUGAACCAUUAGAACCAUGAGCAACUACAGUGUGUCCUUGGUUGGCCCAGCUCCUUGGGGUUUCCGGCUGCAAGGUGGCAAGGAUUUCAACAUGCCUUUGACAAUCUCUAGUCUAAAAGAUGGUGGCAAAGCAUCCCAGGCAAAUGUGAGAAUAGGCGAUGUGCUUCUCAGCAUUGACGGAAUAAGUGCCCAUGGAAUGACUCAUCUUGAAGCCCAGAACAAGAUUAAAGGUUGUACAGGCUCCUUGAAUAUGACUCUGCAAAGAGCAUCUGCUACAUCCAAGCCUGAACCAGUUCCUGUUCAAAAGGGAGAACCUAAAGAAGUAGUUAAACCUGUGCCCAUUACAUCUCCUGCUGUGUCCAAAAUCACUUCCACAACCAACCUGGCCUACAAUAAGGCACCACGACCCUUUGGUUCUGUGUCUUCACCAAAAGUCACAUCCAUUCCAUCACCAUCGUCUGCCUUCACCCCAGCCCAUGCAACCACUUCAUCACAUGCUUCCCCUCCACCUGUGGCUGCUGUCGCUCCUCCCCUAUUUGCUGCACCUGGACUGCAUGCUAAUGCCAAUCUUAGUGCUGACCAGCGUUCACCUGCACUGAGCGCUGGUAAACCUGCAGUUAAUGUCCCACGGCAGCCCACAGUCACCAGCGUGUGUUCCGAGACUGCUCAGGAGCUAGCAGAGGGACAGAGAAGAGGAUCCCAGGGUGACAGUAAACAGCAAAAUGGUAACCCUGGCCCCGUGAAAAUCCCACCUAAACGCCCACCGAGAAAACACAUUGUGGAGCGCAAUACAGAGUUUUAUCACAUACCUACUCACAGUGAUGCCAGCAAGAAGAGACUGAUUGAGGAUACUGAAGACUGGCGUCCGAGGACUGGCACAACUCAGUCUCGCUCUUUCCGAAUCCUGGCCCAAAUCACUGGGACUGAGCAUUUGAAAGAAUCUGAAACUGAUAAUACAAAGAAGGCAAACAACACCCAGGAGCCUUCUCAGCCUUUGGCUUCAUCAGUAGCUUCAGCACAGAGCACGCCCGAGAGGCCGGAAAGCCCAGCCUUUGCCAGACCAGGGGUGGCCAGUCUCACAACUGCUGCUGCCUUCAAGCCUGUAGGAUCCACCAGCAUUAUCAAGUCACCAAGCUGGCAACGGCCAAACCAAACAGCACCUUCCACUGGAAGAAUCUCAGGAGCAGCAGCACCAGCCAACUCAGCUUCAGGGCAGCCCCAGCCGAGUGACCAGGACACUUUAGUGCAAAGAGCUGAGCACAUUCCAGCAGGGAAGCGCACUCCAAUGUGCGCCCACUGUAACCAGGUUAUCAGGGGACCAUUCCUAGUGGCACUGGGGAAAUCUUGGCACCCAGAAGAAUUUAACUGUGCUCACUGCAAAAAUACAAUGGCCUACAUUGGAUUUGUCGAAGAAAAGGGAGCCCUCUAUUGUGAGCUGUGCUAUGAGAAGUUCUUUGCUCCUGAAUGUGGUCGAUGCCAAAGGAAGAUUCUUGGAGAAGUCAUCAAUGCUUUGAAACAAACUUGGCAUGUUUCCUGUUUUGUGUGUGUGGCCUGUGGAAAACCCAUUCAUAAUAAUGUUUUUCACCUGGAGGAUGGUGAGCCUUACUGUGAGACUGAUUACUAUGCGCUCUUUGGUACUAUAUGCCAUGGGUGUGAGUUUCCCAUAGAAGCUGGCGACAUGUUCCUGGAAGCUCUGGGCUACACCUGGCACGACACUUGCUUUGUGUGCUCGGUAUGUUGUGAAAGUUUGGAAGGUCAGACAUUUUUCUCCAAGAAGGACAAGCCACUUUGUAAGAAACAUGCUCAUUCUGUGAAUUUUUGAAAGUCAACAUUUCAGAAGAAAAGAAAGAAGAGAAAGAGGAGAAUUAAAAUUACCAAUUGAAAUUUAGAUUUAAUAUUUAUAUGGAUAUUUGAAAAAUAAUAGUAGCCCUGAAGGGGUAAAUUCCAGAUUUAAAAAUCAAAUCUGUGAAGAAAUAUUUGGCUUCAUAACAUAAGGAGACAGUCUGACAUUUGUUAUUACUUUUUCCCAGUAUGUUAUGCCCAUAAAAUAACUUUUAUAAAAACCAAUUUCCUGGUUGACUAUUAAAUUCAUCUUAGAAUAAAUUAGUGAAGAAUUAAAUUUAGAAUAAAAACUCCAACCUCUGUGCUGAAAUAACUAUGCUUUCUUUCCUUAAUAGGUAGUUAUAAGUCGGUAAAAGGCAAUGAAAAUGCCUUAUUCUUUAUCAAUAAGUGAAACAUUGUAUUUUUUAAAAAUUAGUGUUUUUCUUGAAAACAUUAAAUAGGAGUUUAAACAGAAUUUUAUCCAUAGUAGCACAUGUCCAUUUUUAAAAACACUGCAUUUUUAAAAAUUUUACAGUUGAUCAUUCCAGUAGGAAAGGUCAGUGAGAUUCUUGUGUCAAAAUGUGUCAUGCCAAUAAGAGAUACUAUAUUUUUUAUACUCUUUCAAAGCCACCAUAAGUCUCAAAUUUUCACCUUUUAUUAAAAUAUGACCAUUUUUACUCAUUGGGUAUGUUUUUCAUGUAUAGUAGUCAAACUCCCUUUUUUCUCUCUUCCUUUAUGCUCUGAUAAAGAGCUAAUUGAACAUCUUUGGACUGUGAUUGUCUUCUCUCUCUUUAAAGAGAAUGAACAGGAAAGAACGCGGUGGGGAAUUACGGUAAAUUAGAGUACUAGAUCCAAAAUAUUCUCCUCCCCAGAUUCCCCCUUUUUGACAGUGAAUUAGUUUCACAGUUAUACUACUGACUGAUGAACAUUUGAGAGCUCUCUUUGCAGAGUAAUAUUUUUUCUUUAAUUCUUCAUUAGAAAAAUUUAAAAUUGGUUUGUGGAUGUGAUAAAAUCUAGAUUGUAUUUUCCUUUUGAUAGUUCUCUUUCAAUAAACAAACCACUUCCAGAUGUGAUCACAAAGUCUGGAAAACUUUCAUGCACAGAGGUUUGGUAGUAGAGGAGGGGAACAUGCCUAAUUACCCAGGCUGGCCCAUUGUUUGUUUUCUUCAUUUGGGGGAAAAAUACAUAGAUACAACAUGAAGACAGAGAAACAACUGUGGUAAAAUUGUAAUAUAUCCUAUUAACAUUUGCCCAAUGAGAAAAGAAAUUAUAACAUUUGAUCAUUUUUCUCUUUGUUUCCAGAAUGGAUGAAAGUUCAUGAUCCCACUCAGUUAUAGUUUAAAUGUGUUUGGAGCUAGAUGCUUUUAAAUUUGAGGUUGAGCUCCAAGUCCUUCCUCCCCCAAUCACUUACUAAUGACUUCACUUCCAUUGUGUACAUGCUUCUUGUAAAGAAGAAUUUUAGGCUACCAUAUUUGUUUAACCUCCCUAAGAACUUUUCAAGGCAUCUGUCCUGAAAGCCAUUAAUUUAUGGUCCAGCAGAUUUAAAUUAUAUGCAGAUAAUAAUUAACUGGGGAUAAGGAAUGAGAAGGGUGGCACAAAGUGGCAAACUGAAUGCUUCGCCAGUAGCAACCGCAAGCCACCUCCUCGCCCUGCAUCUUGUAGGGAGGCAGGAAAUUGUUUUGUUUUGUUUUGUUUUGUUUUGUUUUUUUAAGUGCUGGAACUGAAUUGUGUAUUAUUUCUCAUUGCUGCUGAAACCACCUAUAAAAGACGUACUGGCUAACGUGCAUUGUCAUCUCUCAAUGUCAGUCUUUUGCUUUACACAGCAUAACAUUGGUGGUUUUGUUUCGGUGUGGUAGAAGAUUUUUUUGUUAUGUAGGUUUGCUUUCAUAGAUUAUAUGCCAAGAUAGUUUUUGAUAAGUCAGUGGCAUUUGGGUAUUUCCUUCAAAGAAUUUUAUUUGACCUGGAUUUCUUAUAAAGUUAUGUUACAUUAAUAUAUCAUUCUAGUAGACUUUUCUUUCUGCAUAUUAUUCAUAGAGCAUAAUGUUGUAUUUCUCUAAAUUUUAUCCCUAAGAGGGUAACAUUACUUCCUAAUUUAUCAUUGUCAUUGUGCUUUGUUUUGCUCUUCGCUGUCAGUUCCUAAAACAGUUAAUCCUAUGAAAUAAAUAUUGAUUAUAACCCAGAAGAAUCUGUAUUUUCCAGUGGGUAAUGCCAUAUUUAAUACACCAACAUUAAUCUUUUAAUUACUCAGGCUGAGCACUUUAUUCUUCUGGUGGGCUCCCUGAAUAUUUAUUUUUCUGAUUAUAAAAGUUCUAUGUCAGUAGCAUUUUUUAAGUUAUUACGUCUUUACUGUAGAGCAUUUACUCUUAAUCUCUCUAGAUGUAUAUUUUGGAAUGCUGUACUUAGUAGAAUGCAAAUAGAAUACAGAUUGAAAUCAUAGUACAUGACUGUAAAACAUCCCCUAUUCGGACUUUCAAGUUUCAGAACGUUAGUAAUCAGUUCAGACUUUAACAUUUCUCUGCACUUACAAAGGACAGAGUGUCGCCCACUGAAGUAGCAGCCUAAAAAUUAUCCCCUGUGCUUAUGCUUAUAGUAGCUUACAUGUUUCCUAUUGAUUCAUUUAGAGUCUAAAACUAAAACCUAAUCAUUUGAUCUAUAUUAAGACAAACAGAAAUGAGGGUUUAAAUCUUCAAAAUAUUAGUGCAGCAUUAUAUUUAAAAAUUAUCUACAACAAAAGUGGAUUUGUGGUACCAUUUUCAAGGAGCAGUAUAUUAGGAUCACUGUUAUAGAAAGCAGUUACUUCCUCUCCCUGUUCAAAUGUGGAUCUAGCAGUGGUAUGUUACUAACAUUUUUGUGAUGUUUGCAGUGUAGUCAUCCCUAUUGAAAGGAGAGACUUUUCAGACAGGGAAGGGAAAGUACACUGAGUAAUUUUACACAAAUCUGGCAUCUACACAGAUGUGGCUUUGCUUUGUCACUCUUCAUCCCCCAAAUAUUUUAAGGUGUUGGGUUUGGAUUCUCAAUGUAUCAUUUUCCUUAUCUAUUCUAUUAAUCUCUAUUUUCUGUUUCUUUACAUUUUUAAGUUUGUAUUAAUGCCUGUGCUGUUUUGCUUUUGGAUGUAUUUUCUAAUUAAAAAACCACAUGAGAAGUAUAAUCAGUAUAGUAAUAUGUUAGUGACCACAUAAUAAAUAAAUGGCUGCAGUGAUGUAGAUAAA